GACGUCAUUAAAUUUACCGUGGCUAAUGCAAUUCGCAACGAGAUCCGGUAAUAGAUAUGCUACAUUCACUCGCAUGUAUAAUCGCAUUUGAACUUCGGAGACCAUGAAAUCACCAUUAAAAACAAUGUGUAAAAGGAGAAGAAUCAAUUACGGUGGUCAUUUUAAAUAGCAUUGAACUGGGAAAUAAGAACUUCCCCAAAUACACAUAUUUACCUUCUCUCUGUCACGCCUUCGAGAUGGGAAUCUGUGUUGACCGUUAGCUGCAUGCUAUGUGCCUAGGGUGACAACCUGUGUGAGGACCACACGUGCACGACACGAUGUGUGAGGGAAAUGGCGACUUCAACGACUCGGCAUGUCUGCACGUCUACGACACAGACGACGUCAAGUUUGAAAAGAAGGACACCAUUGACGUACCGCCAGCAGAAGGCUGCGGGGUCAAACCCGCCAUCCCCGUGUUCUCCAUGCACUCGGUAUCCCCGGCAUCUUUCUUACAGACUCCGUCCUUUUCCUUCGUGUCGAAGGACCCUCGUGCCAACAACUCUAGCUUCUCCAGCUCCCAGUAUUUCGACUGGCCGCGAGGUCUCCAGCAUCCCAGGUCUGCGCAGCACAUUAGUAAAACUGCUAAAGCGGCUCCGCUCGGUUUCUACGAAGUGGAUCCUCCCCGCAUUCGGAGCUGCGAUAUCAGUUACGAGAUGGACGAAGAUGGACUGAUGCCCAAGAUCGUCGGCAUCGGCAGCUUCGGGCGUGUCUUCCUGGCCCGGCUUGUGACGCGCGGCAAGCAGAAGCUGGUGGCCGUGAAGGAGUUCAACCUCCGCCUCGCCAACAGGUGGGACAUCUACCAGGAGGCGCGCAUCCUGCUCUACCUGCAGGUGACGGGCUACGUGCCCUUCUGCUACGGCCUGGUGCAGUUCGGCAGCGUCGUCAGCAACGCGUACGGCAUCGUGCAGGAGUUCUUCGGCGACGGCCUCAACCUGGAGAAGUUUCUCUGGCAGAAGAAUCCGUUGCCGGAGAGUCGACUGAUCAACCUGGCGCGGCAGCUGGCCGAGGGCCUGUACGCGAUCCACCAGCUAGGCAUCAUCCUCAACGACAUCAAGCCGAACAACAUCCUGCUGGAGAACAGCCACGACGACAUGCGCAUCAAGUACUGCGACAUGGGCAUGGCCACGUUCAAGACCGGCAUGAAGUUCAAUCCGGCCCUCGACCUCGAGGACUUCCUGCACCUGGCGCCGGAGGUCCGGAUGGGAGAACUGACGUCCAAGAGUUCGGAUGUGUACAGUCUGGGCUACAUCCUGGACGAGAUCCGCGUGUUCACCAACCUGGACGCCAUCAUACCGGCCAUUGACAGCUGCUACCUGCUGAACCCCAGGGACAGACCCACCGCCAACGACAUAUGCAGUGUUAUAGAAGACAUAUACACCGCAGCUCUCUUUCGCGAUAUUACCUGCGAUAAUUAAUUAAUUAAUUAAUUAAUUAAUUAAUUAGUCCUGUGCUGGCUGCGCGGAUUUAUCUGUCUUGCUCCAUACUGAACACCAGAAGAAACCUGAAUAAGGGUUAGGGUUAGAUUCCACUUUGGAAUAUGUUUGGUAGCAAAUGCACGAUUCACUGGAAUGAUAAGCAGUUCCAGGUAACAAUCUGUGGUACCUCUGAAUCUUAAUACGUGUUCAUCAAUACAACCACUAUUCCAAAUUGCGGGAUGUAGCUAAAGGGCAUGGAUACCUGCGUGUGCGAUGGUUUAUAACCCUGAUUCCCAACAGAAAGCCUAUUUUGGUGAUUUCCCUUCCAAACCAAAACGCCACGACUAAUGUAACAAACACCGACUGAUCUAUGGGAAAGUAUAGGGGCGUCAUAAAAAAAAAUUGAAACGGGUUCAUUUACAUUUUUUUAAAGGCUAAAAACUGAAAACUAAAACUAAAAAGAACCAUAACUGCCAAAAUGGACUUCGUUAGCACCAACCGAACCCACCCUGGUGACCCGCCUGUCGUACACGUAAGAGUAACCUACGUCUCGGCAACGUUUAUUUCACAUUAGACCAAGACCGUGUGACGUUCAGUAUAGUUUUCGAGUCUUUAAACACCAUUGUAAGCCAAAUGGUGUGUAUGUGUGUGUGUGUGUGUGGGGGGGGGGGGGGGGGUCUUGUUUGUGUUAGUGUGUGUGUGUAAGAGAGAGAGAGAGAGAGAGAGAGAGAGAGAGAGAGAGAGAGAGAGAGAGAGAGUGUGUGUGUGUGUGUGUGUGUGUGUGUGUGUGUGUGUGUCUUGUCUUGUUUAGUCUUGUCUGUCCUAAUGCUAUUCCAGAAAACACCUAAUCAGAUCAUCUUCGUAAUAAUCAUCCACCGUCCUACCACUGAACAUGCGUCUAACGUUAGGCUCGUACUACCAUUUGCCACGACAAAGUUGGUCAACAUUCAGCUCUCGCGACUUCUACAACUGUCCAGUUGCUAGUAUUAACGCUCUUAUAACUCGAGUUUUGUCGUAUACGACUUCUACGACCGAUUAGUUGUUAAUCUGAGCGCACCCAUCGUAAGUUGGGAGUUGGGGAAAUUACAACGCAACUGUUGAGUUGGCCAACUUCGUUGUGUCAGUUGACAGUCUGAGAAUAGCAUUAGAUAGCAAAAACAAAAUAAUAAUCAAAUAAAAACUUCGAGACAUAAGAACAUUAUGUCCAGUAGUUUGGGUUAUUUUGAUUCUGAAAUUAAUGUUUCUUUUUAAUGGAUAAUCAACCAUGCUCUCUCUCUCUCUCUCUCUCUCUCUCUCUCUCUCUCUCUCUCUCUCUCUCUCUCUCUCUCUCCUUGAACAAACACACAGCAAAUAAGAAUGCUUGGCAGUGGUCUGAUGAAAAUGUGCACCUACACCCCACACACACCAGCAGAUGCGACAGUCUAAUCGCGGGUGGGGGAUGGGGGUUAAGAUGAAAAUGUGCACCUACACCCCACACACACCAGCAGAUGCGACAGUCUAAUCACGGGUGGGGGAAGGGGGUUAAAGUGAAAAUGUGCACCUACACCCCACACACACCAGCAGAUGCGACAGUCUAAUCACGGGUGGGGGAAGGGGGUUAAAGUGAAAAUGUGCACCUACACCCCACACACACCAGCAUAUGCGAGUCUAAUCACGGGUGGGGGAAGGGCUUAAAGUGAAAAUGUGCACCUACACCCCACACAUCAGCAGAUGCGACAAUCUAAUCACGGGUGGGGGAAGAGGGUUAAGAUGAAAAUGUUCAGUGAAAACAAAGCAAAGUGCUGAUGAAUACAAGUUUAUUUGUUGACAAAUAUAUCUGCAUGAUAAAUACAUAUUACACCAUGUGAUCGUGCUGACUAGAUAAAGUUAACAAUGCAUCAAAAGACGAACGCUAGCAUUUGUUGAAGGGGCAGUCCUGAGGGUUUUUUUUUUUGGGGGGGGGGGGGGAGAGUUGUUGUUUUUUUGAACGUACGAAAUUACUGGGAGAUUAAAACCAGUUUAGGCUGUUUAAAAACAUUAGAAA